UGUCAGAGCUACGGAACAUAGGAGGAACAGCCUUCUAGACAACACGAUGCGAAUCUCAACCAGCAGCAUGCUGGCAGCAACUGUUGCCUUGCUCCUUCUCCUCAUGGUGGGUCUUACCUCAAACAUGAAGACUGAAGGCCAGCGAGAAGCAUUGCUAUCCUCUCAGGCUGGCAACAAUGAUCCCUCUGACCAGCAAGAACAAGCAACCUUCUUCCAAGCUCUUGGGGGAAUGGGUGAACUCAAUUCAGAGGAAGGAGUGCAAUCCCACUCGGCGAGUCGCAAGGUGCGGGCAGCUGAGAAGUUCAAGGAGUUGGAAAGUCAGUCUCUUCUAAACAGAGCUCAGGAGGAAGAUCAGCAAGCCAACGAACUCGUGCUGCAUGCCAAGUCUUUGGCACAGAUGAUUUUGAGAAAGCAGGCCAUGGUUAAGAUCAGAAAGUGGAUUGCAGCAAAGCAGAAAGCAGAGUUGAAAAAGUCACUGCAACGAACGGCCACCAAAGAAACGAAGAAAAUUCAGAUUGAGCAUGCUACUAGUGUUGGCAAGGCCAGACGGAGUCAUGCAGAACACAAAAAGGCGAUCACAACCAGACUUGAACAGCAUUUCAAGCCUCCCACAGUAGAGAAAGCAAGAGCCAAGACCACGAUGGUCGAUGCUGUUCAUGCGCAUCACGCUCGAGAACAGCAGCUGAGCAGAGAUUUUUCUCUUCCCAUCCCUGACUACAAAAAAGAGUACAAGCAAUGGGAAUUCUCGAAGCUCAGGAGAUAUGCGAGGGAGCAUGACAUGUUCACGCGAAGUGACUUCUGCAACUCUGAUUCAGUGAUCCGAUCUGUGUCAAGGACCCAGUUGAAACAGUUUUUCGGCAAGAGCUGGCAGAGUGUACCAUACGACCUCCAUUCCCUGGCUGCGAUCACGACGUGUCUGAAGCAACUGGGUUUGGAAGCAUCAAAGGAUGGCGAGUUUGCUCAUGGCUCUCUCCGUGGGAAGUCCUCAACGAUUGUCGAUUGUGCGAAUGGCAAUGAAAAGGCAUGCUCAAAGCUCGCUUCUGAUCCCCAGGCCAUGUCUGAGAUGAAAAAGCUUCUACCCUCGGUUCAUCACAAAUAG